AUUGUUACAAUUACUAUGAUAUAUAAUAACUUAAUUUCACUCAGAGUAGUCUAGGUUAGUUUUACCGCAAAUUACGAAUGAACAAAAUCUUGGUUCGUGACAAGGUUCACCUUGUUUCAAAAUCUUUUGUAAAAUGGCUACUACAGUAAUAGUAACUGGGUUAGGUCUUGCUGUGGCAGGUUUUGCUGGACGCUAUGUGCUUAAAAAUAUGCCAGCUUUUUCUCAAAGGAUGACAGAAGCUUUGAAAAAUAUAUCACAAUUGGAUUCUCAAUCAUUAGCGAACAGCAAAUAUUAUAAAGGUGGUUUUGAAUCUAAGAUGACUAAGCGGGAAGCUAGUUUAAUAUUAGGAGUUCCACCUACCGCAAGUAAAGCAAAAGUAAAAGAAAAUUUUAAAAAAGUAAUGAGUGUAAAUCAUCCUGAUCGAGGUGGUUCUCCAUAUCUUGCAGCAAAGAUAAAUGAAGCUAAAGAUUUAUUAGAGAAAUGAUUGAAUAAUUUAAUUAGAGUAGUAUAUGUAUCUAAUGAAUUUUCUUGUAAGAAAACAAAUUUCAGUGUACAUAAAAAUAUAAACUAUAUAUUGCAAAUAAUUUAAUGUCUAAUAAAUAAAUUCUUUGUAUUGUACAUUCAUUGCGAGGCUACAUUACAAUUUAAUAUGUACAUUUAAGAUAAUUAUACUAGAUGUAAUUCUUAAAAUAUAUUUUAUGUCUAAUCACAAAUACAAAAUCAAAUGUGGAAUAAUAUACAUAAAAUGAAAGGAACUACAAAAUUGUAGACCAUGUUAUGUGUUUUGUUGUAUUGCAUGAAGAUUUUAUAUCGUACGUGCUUGUCUUUAUCAUAAUAAAUUUACAAUAAAGUCA